CAUGUACAAUAACAUUUACUGCACACAGACAGAAUCGAAAACAUUCUAGCAUUAUUUUUGCACAAUGGUAACUGCAACAAACCCACACUUUAGGAGUAAAAUUUCCACUCUUUUAGAAGAAUUGUUGACUGCAGCGGUGACAGAAUUAUGCGAGCUGUUUGACACGGAAUAUGCAGCUUUACGCUUGGAAUGUUCAAGAUGCAAACAUUCCGAAGACGCCAGAAGGCAAACGACGAUACAUUGUAGUUCUUCACAGAAUAUCAACACAUUCACCGUACGAAUCGAAGACCCUCCUAGGCGUAGUCAUGAAGGUGACUUCGAACGGGCUUCAAAUGGAGACAGAGGGGCUACCCAGACCAUACCACAGUGCAGCCAGUGGAGCAUGGCAGCUAAAAACAAACAGUGUGAACAUCCCAGCAAGGCAAUGGAUACCAACAUGGAAACGGUGUGUAUCAAACAAGAGGUUUUGGAAGAGUGUGAGCUUCAUGCAGAAGAACAGAGUGGACAGGAAGUCGGUUCUGAUAUCGCUUUGCCCGAUCCUGAUCCGGGUCAAGAUCUUGACGCGUCAUUGUCCCCCCAAGCGGAAUUAGACUGGUCCCCUGAUGCCCAGCUGUUCAUCCCAUCCAACAUCAACUGUGACAUUAAGCUGGAAUGUGGCAAUGGCCUAUCCAGCUCCACAAGUAGUGAUGAGGCGAACAGCUUCCAUGUUGGUAGUGCCGACUACUCCAGUGAACAACUGACAGACGAGGUGAACAGUUGCCAUCUUGGUAGGGGAGACUACCAGAGUAAACAGCAGAACAGCGGCCAUGUUGGUAAAGGAGACUUCCACAGUAAACAGAACAGCAUCCAUGGUGGUAGUGGAAACUACUAUAAUGAACAACACGACACGUGGCCCAGGGCGCCUGAGGUGCCCCGUGCGGCACAUCAUGCAGAGACCAUGCUACCCAGGAACUGUGGCAGGGAGCGGGUGCAGCGAGAGGAGGUGCAAAGGCAGGCGGCUCAAACACGCCUGCACACUUCACCUGGUGGGCAAAACAGACAGAACACACACACACACUUAAAUCAGUGGGCGGUGUCUCCGCUGAGGAGUCAAGUAUGUCUGCAAAAGCAGUGGUCGAGAUGCAGAAAGCAGCCACCGGGGAAUGUGAAUGUCAAUACCUGCGGCACCAUGAACCUUACGGGGGCUGCAUCCUUAGACACAAGGCCUGACGCGGACAUUUCAACGAAUCACCUGAACACGUCUCAUCACAUGACUGUAGCCAUGCCUGACCACGAGAAGAGGUUUACCUGCGGGCUGUGUGGGAAGAGACUGCUGUCCGAGCAGACCCUGAAAUCCCACCAGAAGAUCCACACGGGCUACGCGCCUCACCAGUGCAACCAGUGCGGCAAACGGUUCUCAAGGCUGGAGAACCUCAAGGUGCAUCAGAACAUACACACGGGACUCAAGCCGUACACCUGCAAGUUCUGCUUCAAGAAGUUCAACGCGCCGAGCAACUUUAACCGUCACAAACGCGCUUGUCUGAAGAGAAAGUUAACCCAGUUCAGUUCGCAAUAGUCUUUGUUUGUUUGUUUGUUCGUUUGUUUGUUUGUUUGUAUGUGUUAGACUCAGGUGUUGUGUGAGCGUGUGUGUCUGUGGGGUACUGUGUAAAAGUAACUGUAGCAGACAGAUAUGACAUCUCUUUUGUAUCCACUUUCUCAAACUAAACAUCACCUGUUCUACAAAUCUGCCUUCAUAAUUCAUUGUCAUGUUAAAGCAACACUUUUUCAUUCAUACAA